AGCCGGGAGCCGAGGGAGGGGUGUGUCCGGCCACCGCGCGGUUCCUCCGCCCCUCGCUCCGGCCGCCACACGCAGCCGAAGCUCGGACCAGGAGCCUGUCCCUCCUCGUCCCUCGCCGUGGCCGCCAAGCCCCGAGCCGGCCGGAGCCGGGCGCUCAUCAUGUCGGUCGCCCUCAGCAACAGGUUCCAAGGAGGAAAGGCUUUCGGCUUGCUCAAAGCCCGGCAGGAGAGGAGGCUGGCGGAGAUCAACCGGGAGUUCCUCUGUGAUCAGAAGUACAGUGAUGAAGAGAACCUGCCGGAAAAGCUCUCGGCCUUCAAAGAAAAAUACAUGGAGUUUGACCUCAACAAUGAAGGCGAAAUUGACCUGAUGUCUUUAAAGAGGAUGAUGGAGAAGCUGGGUGUCCCCAAGACCCACCUGGAGAUGAAGAAGAUGAUCUCGGAGGUGACAGGCGGGGUCAGUGACACCAUCUCCUACCGAGACUUCGUGAAUAUGAUGCUGGGGAAGCGGUCAGCUGUCCUCAAGCUAGUCAUGAUGUUUGAGGGAAAAGCCAACGAGAGCAGCCCCAAGCCAGCCGGGCCCCCCCCAGAGAGAGACAUCGCCAGCCUGCCCUGAGGACACGCUGCCUCCCGCCCUGCCCUUCCUCCCUCCUGUCUCCCUGCCCUUCCCGACUCCUUGAGAGCUGUCCUGUUUGCUUGCUUGUUCAUUGUGGGUGUGUUUGUUCGUCCAUCUCUUUGUAAAGCACAAAUGACCCGCCUUGAAGGGGCUCAGGGUCCGGAGUCCUUAGCUUUGGACCCGCCCUCUCUUCUUCCCACCUCCUCACCUCCCUGUGCAGGACUGACAACAAACCAAAAACAGGCAGCAGGCUGGAAGCCCAUGUCCCCCACUCUUGAAGACGAAGCUGUCCAUCCUUCCAGAAUGUGUCUGAGCUGAGUUCAGGCUCGCAGGUCCAGCCCUGGCCAGGGAGACCCUGGGGUAGGAACAAGGCUGCAGGGCUUCCUUAGGCCUUUCUUGGACAGCUCCACACUGGGUGGUCCAGAACGUGGCCCCAGCUGAUCCCUGCGCUGGUCGCUGGUCUGGGCAUCUUCUCAUCCUCAGUGACAUGACAGAGGCAGGAGGAAAGGAGCUUGGCAGUUCGAGCCCUUCAGAAAGGAAACCAGAAGAAACCCUCUAGCCUUGCUUUCUGGCCACAUCUUUAUAGGCAACUCAGAGAAACAGUGCAGCCCCCUGACCCUUGGUAGGGCAGCAGAGGGCUCCGGAGGCAGAGGUGAGGCCAGGGGCUGAGGGGACGAUCAGCUCAGUGAAAUCCCACCUUUGAAGGAGGAUGUUGAGGACACCAGGAUGGGAGGAUGAGGAGUCAGUGCUCCCAGGAAAAGCACCACUGCUGAGCUAGGAGCUGAGAAGCAGGCGGCGGCCUGUCUGAUGGCAGCCUGCUUGGAACCCGACUGCUUCCUGCACUCACCCUCCUCGCACCGUUUGUUCAUCCAUUCAACAGGUAUUUAUUGAGCACCUGCUACAAGCUUUAAGUCCUCCCACUUGGACCUGACAUGUGCUGUGUCCACCGUCUAACUCACGCUCCCUUUCUGAUUUGCUCAAAACUUUGAGCCUUGGGGGUUGGAUUGAGGUCAGCUGGGUCCUAUCUUGUGGACUCUCAGGAUUUUAGGGCCCCAGUCCACCCUGUAGGUGAGCCCGCUCAUUUCACUGUGAGGGCCCACAGGGGUUAAGUGCCUUGCCGAAAGUCAGGGGUUAAUCUGGGGAUGGAAGAGCCUGGUCCAGAGUCCAGGUGAUCUGAUACCCCUGCCCGCACCUCACCUCUGCCCUGGGCUGCCUUACUCAGUGUUGAAAACAGGGAAGGGGUGGAAGGGGCAAUCUCCUAGGUCAGAACUUGGGGAAGGCCUCACUGGUUCUGAAGGCCCUGGGCCAGCACUCACCCUCCCCAGGGCCUCUGAACUGGCAUCAGUUCUUGCAUAAGGACCAGGCCUGUCUCUGCAGUUGUGCCUGCCCUGCAGCUUCCUGGCCCAGCCCCAGACCUGCUUCUCAGAACUCCUGCAGGAAGGCCUCACCUUGGCCUCACCUGUGUUCUGAGUUCCUUUACCCUGUGCAUUCAGGACUUAGAUGCACUCACUGAACAUAUUUAUGAAGCACUUGCGGUAGGCUGAGUUCAGAACCCAGUAACAAACACACAGGCUCGGAGAACUUAAGAGUCCAGGGGAACUCCAACCCAGACAGUGACAGUGAGACCAGUGUGAAGAAGAGGGUGGCUGCCCAGCCGUCCUGAGGGGUCUAGCUUAACCCAGGCCUGGGCAAGUCUUGGAAAAGCCUUUGCAAAACCUUAAGGAUUGGAAACUGGAAAGGGCUGGGGGGCUGUGGCUCCUUACAGGCCCAUAAUCAAGGGCCCAGGGUGCUGCCCCUGCAGCACCCUGAGGGAGUACAGCAGGCAGGGCGGGAAGACAGGCCAGGUUGUUAGUCCUCUGGUCUCCACCAGUUCAGGAGCAAAAUUUGGCUAUGACUGACUAAUCUUCAGCCUAAGGAGUUGCUUCAAAUGCACAGGCCUAGUUGAAGUUUAAACCCCGGCAACAUUCCUCCCUGUAAAUAUACAAUCCUACCCCACCCCCCAUGCUGCCUCUCCCCACCCCCUGCAGAUAUCAGAUUAGCAAUGGCCUGUCCCUACCCCUUCCUCCUCUCUGGGACAGGCUAGGAUCUUUUGAGGAAGAGCAAGCCUUCCUUGAUUCCCUCUCGUAGUCAGUGUGACUGUUUCUCUCUCUUAGAGGAAGAUAGAACCAACCAGGUUUCUUCCUAUGCGUUCCACAGUUAUGAGAUUACAGGAAGCCUUAAAGGAGGAGAGACUCUGGAAAUGCAGGAAAAGAGGGUUCUCUCUGGAUGGAGUGGGGGAGCCCCUAUCAGUCACUUCACUGAACUUAACCCCAGGGGAAAGAAGGUCUUAAGAUUGGUUCCUGGGAAGGGGGUCUGCAUGUGUUUCAGGUUGUGGCUGUUGGCUCUAAGACUCUUCUCUCACUAAGGGUUCAGCUUCUUGGGACUUGAACUGUCUUCUUUCUGAAAAAGACCAAAUCUAACUAAUGUAACCAGCAACACGGGGACUGCUAAGUAUGGCUUUGUCCCUAUGACUCAAAAGGAGUUUGUCAGGCAAACUCAGGUGAAUGAAGCUGUGUGUGUGUGUAUAUGUGUGUGUAUAAGUACAUGUGGGGGAUAUAUCACCUCUACAGAUUGGAAAUAAACCAGACAAACUGGU